AUGGGGGCCGCCGUCAGCGUCGCCGUAAAUGUUGUGGCCCGUGAUCUCCAGGCCAUGUCCGCGCCGUCAUCUGUUGCUACUCGGAAGGGGCCGAGACAUAAUUACACACAUUUUCUCAUUCUUCGGUUACAGGAAGUCAAAGUAAAUCAGAAGAAUCCAGUCAGAGAGAAUGAAGAGUUCAUCGUAUCCUGUAUCGCCCAGGGCUCCUCUCACAUGACAUUCACCUGGUUCAAGGAUGGUGUAUUUGUUAACCAUAGCAAGUCCAUCAGGAAUAUGUGGACGAAGCUGAUACCUAUGGGAUCAGAAGACCAGUACAACGCAAUGCUUGGAAUUGAGAGUGCCACUCCUUUGGACGCCGGUUGGUACACGUGCCAAGUCGUCGACUUGGAGGUGCAACAGUGCAAGUCUGUAUACGUCGAGGUGCUGUCUCAGCCACAAGUCAAGAUCUCUCCAAUGAGCGUAACGGUGGAACGGGGAGAAGACGUGACAGUGAAGUGCAUGUCGACGAGCAGCUACCAGCGGCAUGAGAAGUAUGGCUACAACUGGACAAAGAACAAGGCUCUGUUCCCCAUGAUGCGAAACAAAAUUAUCUGGGAAGAUUUGUAUCCAUCCGGGAGCAUCCUCAAGAUCUUUAAAGCGCAAAAAUCAGCAAUAUUCGACUGCCAGGUGCAAGGCAGCGUGGCGAGCAACUCGGCGAGCGUUACGGUGGAGGUGGUGAACAAGUCUGUGGUGGCGGUCAACCGCCAGCAGCCUCUCCAUCUCCGGCCAGAGUGCCCGGAAAUACGGCAAUGCAGCAGCAGCGGUGGCUACAAGGGCACACAGUCAGCAGCCACGGGCCGGCGCACUGGGAAAUGCCGUGAUAUUCACCUCGCCCGUCGUCGUUACUUGCAGUUCCAAUUUAUCUUGUUGACUUUGGGAUAUCAAAACACAACUGGAGCAGAAACACUCGCUGACACAUUAGCUCUCCUCAAAAAACUAACCAGGCUAUUACCAGGUGAAGGAGAGCAAGUCUUGGAUUUGCUGCAUGACGUCCAAAGCUACUUGAAUCAAACAAAUUUCCUCGAUGACAUUCUCGCUUCCGUGAAUGACUUCUACGAAAUAAUAAGUAUAUUACUGGAUAAUCCAUUUUCCAUCCAAAAUCCUGAGAAAAUCGUACAGUUACAGGAACUUGUGAAUCAAGAAAGUAUUAUAUGGGGCUCAUUUCUGAUCCCGAUGAAGACAUAUAAACUGCAAUUAAGUUCAAUUGAGCUUAUCGUCUCUCCAUUUAAGACUACAUCACUUACGGGAAAAACUUUUCAGAAACAUUUCACCAGCACUUCCACAACAGUAAUUAACAAGAUGACUAUUUACAUUGAUGCUCUGAAAAGAAGAGCAUACUUGAAUGGAACUUACUGCAUUGCUGUGGUUAUCUACAGAAACCUAACAAGGUUUCUUCCUGCAAGAUACUCCUGCAAGAUGGGGGAUGGGACUGAAAUGGAGUAUGAAAUCAAUUCACAAGUUGUAACAGUCCAACUAGGAUAUGGCAGAUCACUGCUCCAUCCGGCUCCUGGUACCUUCCAAGUGGAUCUUGAAAUGGAACAAGUGAUAAAAGAAUACAACCCUUUAAGAUGGAAGAGUACUUGCGCAGUGACAAGCGUUGCUCAGGUUGAGCAUUCUUGGAAUAUAGAAGGCUGCAAGACACACAAUGGAGCCAACAACAUUUCCAGCUGUCGUUGCUAUCAACCUGGAAGUUUUGCCAUCCUAAUGACGUCUCAUAAUGCAGUGCUUACUUCUGCUCCUACUAUCAACCAACACCUGAUUCCUUUGGUGGGCUGUAUUGUAUGUUUGCUGCAAACUAUGAUGACACUAGUUCUGCUUCUACCCCAUUGGUGGUAUCAUCAAAACUGUCUUGUGUUCCUGAAACUACAGUGUAGUUUAGCUGUCAUGGCUGCAAUGAUUACAUUUGUAUACGUCUUUCAAGGAAGUGUUGGAAAGGAGUUCUUUCCAUACGUAACUACUAGUUUAGAAGCAUUUAUGUUGAUUGGUAAUUCAUCACACAUCAGCAAAUUGCUAAUUGUGUACACUGAAGUGGUCAAAAUUCCAAAGGUGAAACAUCUUAAACAAACUGUAAUUUGCAUCAUAACAGGUGUUCCAGUUCUGGCACUUCUUUGCAGUCACCUAGUGCAUCAUUCAACAGAUUGGAACUUAAACUCCUGGUGGCUCAUUAUUGGAAGCACUACUUUCAAUAUAUUUAUAACUUCGAUCACAAUAAUGCUUCUUUUAUUUGCAUUCCUGUAUUUCAUGGUUAUCAGAAAACUCUCCAAUUAUUCACGAGAAAGACACUCAGGAACCAAGAGUGUUAAAUAUCGAACUGGUCUUCUAAAGAGAGCUGGUAUCAUAUUUCUCAUGAUGGUCAUUGUGGAAAUUUCAAGUAUACUGUACAUCAAUCUCCAAACUGUGACAUAUCAUUAUGUGUUCAGUGUUUCAACAAGCUUGCUGGGCUUCUCAGUACUAGUAUGUUACAUUAUAUCAAGUGAAUGUCCACUACAUACAAAAUUGCUUCAUAAGCUGAAGUUAGUGAAAACAGCAGAUGUGGAUUUCAGCUCUGAUUCAUUAAACAGCCCUCUUCGAUGUAAGUAUGACCCUUACUGA